AUGUCUGAUUCCGAGAGCGAUGAAGAUCUCAAAAGAGCAAUUGCGCUGUCGCUGCAAGAACAACCACCUUUUGCUCGUCCACAAGAUUCUAUACUCAUCGAUCUUGUGAGCGAUGACGACGACGACGACGACGACGACGAUUUGGACGCACCUGUGACCGCCAAGCCAGCUACUCGGGAAUCCCAACCGUUAUCUGCAGAUGCCCCAGCCAACCCAGGCUCAAACCAUACCGCCAGUCAGACUCCAGCCACCCCAAGCAAGUCUGUUGUUUUGAAAACACCGAAUGAACCAGCGAGGGCUAAAGAUGUGGCCCCUUCCGUAGGACUAGCUGGACUGGAUCGAAGAUCUAUGGAAGAGGCAAGGCUUAAGCGUGUUCAGAUGCAACAAAAGGGAGCGGCUCUCUCCGUAGACCAGAGCAUACCACGAAAACGGCAGGCUUCCAUCUCCUCACCUCGUCUUAGAGAGCAGGAGAGGCCGCAUACAAAGGCUAAAUUGUCUGAUACCGCCGCACCCACACGCAAUCUGCACAGUGUUCUAUCUCUGAACAUAGAAGGAGUUCAAUAUCCAGAUGGCAUAGUGAAGAAAACCUGGGUGAAUGGGAUGCCGCGCCACGGAGAUGACAUCAAGAUCGAGGAAGUCUUGCAAAAGAAUGAUCUGGAGCUCGCAGUGUUGAGCGCAUUUCAAAUUGAGCCUGAAUGGGUGGAGUCGAAGUUGAAUCAACGAACCAAGGUGAUAUGGGUUCUUCAGGCUAAAACAGACGCCGAGAGACAGAACAUAAGCUCCAAAGCACCUGCUAAUUAUCGCUUUUGUUUUCCAAAUAUGGAGGGUAAUAUAAACUGCAUGCAUUCGAAAUUACAGUUACUUGCACACCCUACCCAUCUUCGGGUAGUGGUACCCAGCGCAAAUCUGACCUCAUACGACUGGGGAGAGACUGGCAUAAUGGAAAACAUAUGUUUUUUGAUCGACCUUCCUCGGCUACCACCUGGAGAGAAGACUGUAGUCACAAAUUUUGCCAAUGAGCUUGUUUACUUCGUGGAGCAAAUGGGUCUUGACCAAAAGACGGCGACUAGCCUACAGAAUUUCGACUUUUCUCGUACAGCCCACUUGGCAUUUGUUCAUUCCAUAGGGGGCUCACACUCAGGAUCAACAUGGAAGCGAACCGGGUACUGUGGUCUGGGGACAGCUAUCAAAAAACUUGGAAUGGCUACCGAAGUCGACCUGAACAUUGAAUUCCUGUCAGCAUCUAUUGGCAGUCUCAACGACAGCUUCAUGGAGUGUUUAUACCUAGCGGCUCAAGGGGACGAUGGCGCGACUGAAUAUAGAUGGCGUACUGAGAAGCCAACAAAGUCCAAGGGGAGAUCCGCAGCGGAGCACAAAUUGUUAGGUAAUGUGAACAGCAAUUGCCGAAUCUAUUUCCCUACCAAGGAGACUGUGGAGGCCUCGAGGGGAGGUGUCACGGGCGGAGGAACAAUUUGCUUGCAAUCGAAGUGGUUCGACUCGGACACUUUCCCGAGAAAGCUGAUGCGCGAUUGCAAGAGUGUGAGAAAGGGCAUAUUGAUGCAUAACAAGAUGAUCUUCGCCAGAGCGAGGGAUCAAAAGCAGUACCCCAAGAUAGCAUGGGCAUACGUUGGGAGCCACAAUCUUUCGGAAAGCGCAUGGUAUGUGACCCGCCCAUCCGUCCAACUCGGACUCGCUGUGAUCUUGACUAUUACGACAUGGCUAGCUACUCCAUCUUGGGGGUUUUCUCAUAUGGGACGUCUCGUGAAAGACCGAGCGACCAAAGAGCCAAAGCUUACCUUGAGAAACUGGGAGUGCGGAGUCAUUGUCCCGAUCCCUGCAAAGGUUAUGGCUGACAAUGGCGAUUGCCCGCGCUCCAACGGCGGCGUUGAGAAUUCGGUAGGUAUGGAAGUCUUCCACAGCCUCAUCCCGAUUCCCAUGGCGGUUCCAGGUGAGGUGUAUGAAGCUCGCCGACCUUGGUUUUACAACGAACUAGGGCCGGCUUCCCGCUAA